UGCAGACAACGUGAAAAUGAAAAUCUCUUUAAAUAUUCAAGCUAUGCAAAAAGAACAAUGGUGACAAGUGGUUUUCUAGCAGUGUAUCUGUUGUCUGUUUUGACAGUAACGUAUUGCACACAAGAUGACGACAAGACAGUGUUCUCAGGGAAAAUUAUGCCUUUUGAAAGAUAUAAAAGACUAUUUGUUGAACACAGACACAUACAAUUAGAGGCAGUGAAAUCAUUACAAGGUUUUGAUGACAAUACAAGGAAAUAUAAACUGGUCAAUGUUAUGUUACAGAAGUUAUUCUUGGUUUUGGGUGAAGCAAGGCAAAAUUUAACUCAAUGGGGAUUUGUGCCAGGAACAGAUCCUUUCCCAGAAAAUGAAACUGUCAGAGAAGCAUUUUCCAAGGUUGUUGAGAACACUGCAAUGUUUGGUGACCUAGUUCUAAGACUUCCUGAUGUUGUCCAUGGUGUGUUUGAUAAGAACACAGAAUGGAAUUCCUUAAUAGGAUGGUGUGUUUGGUUUUCUGUAGAAUCAAAAGUAUUUGAUGGUGGAAGUGAAAAAUUGCUCAAUUUAAUGUCUCAAGAGAUAAAUCUGAUACCAAAAGAAGAUGAUUAUAUAAAUCCAUUUACAGAGGAAAAUCAAAAAUUAAAGGAAAAGGCCAUGAAAGAAGUUUUAGAAUCAGCAAAGUCAAAAGGCAAAUUGAAAUCAACAAAGAAAAAGAAAGAGAAGAAAAAGGGACCAAGAAUGAGUCAUACAGAACUUUGAGAGUAGUUUACAUCUCAACUUAAAUAUGCUUUCAAACUUGGAGAGUUGAGAAGAACCAUAAACAUGAAAGCACCUAUCAUAGGUGCUCUUAUUCAGGGAUUGUUAAAGACUGUGUUAGUUACUACAUUCUAGAAAUGUAGUUUUGAGGGUUUAAAUGAUAUUGGGGAAAGUGUUUUUUUUAUGAAAGAUAUGUUUGAACUUAUUUCAGUAUGACAGAAAGAUUGAUUUUAAUUAACUAUUAAUUUAUAUACUUUAUUUGAUCGAUGAAUGAUAUAUUUUUUUAAUUCACACAGUUCAAAUGGCUGGGUUAUAUUUUAAAAGUGGCUUCAAAGCAGGGUUCUCACUAAGGCGAGUCCAUGAGUCUUGGACUCAUCAAAAUCUGUCUGGACUCACCAUUUUCAAUACUGAUGAGUCCAUAGAUGCGUUAAGAUUAAAAUAUUUUGUAUAAACUGAACAUAGUUAAACACAAAUAUCAUCAUUUUAUAGCAACAGUUUAAAAGUAAUCUGAAUUUAAUAUCAUUUCUUUGCUCUGUUAGGCCAUGGAAACUUACAUAUUACAUUAUACUGCAAUAAAAAAUCUUCUUCUUGCUGUUGGACUCACCAUGGCCAAAAAUGACGAGUCCCUUGAC